AUGGCACCGAAAAAGUCCAAACGUAGCGCCUCAGAAUCCUCUUCUUCCGACUCCGGACCCGACGACAGAAAUCCUCCUCCAAAAAAAUCUAAACCUUCCGAUAAAGGAAGUUCCAAGAAAACCAACUCAAAUGAAGAAGAGCAUUCUUUUGCAUUGGAUAAAAAUCGUUUUGUUAAAGUAAGGGAAUUUCGUGGUAAACUUUUCAUUGACAUCCGUGAAUUCUAUGAGAAGAAUGGAGAAACACUUCCUGGAAAAAAAGGCAUAUCUUUGUCUGUUGGUCAGUGGAACAAACUGAAAGAGCAAAUUGAUGACAUUCAGGAAUCUGUUGAAAAAUUGGGAUAA